GUGCCCGGCAGGGGCCCCCGGGUGGCGGGGGUCGGGCGGGGGGCGGUCCCGGCGGCGACGGCGGCGGCGCCCGCGUCCUCCUCGGGGCCGGCGUCGGAGAGCCGGGCGGUGCCGGAGGUGCUGGUGGACCCGCGCAGCCGGCGCUGCUACAGCCUGGGCCGCUUCCUGGGCAAGGGCGGCUUCGCCAAGUGCUACGAGAUCACGGAGGCGGAGAGCCGCGAGGCCUUCGCCUGCAAGGUGGUGCCCAAGGCGCUGCUGCUGAAGGCGCCGCAGAAGGAGAAGAUGGCCAUGGAGAUCGCCAUCCACCGCAGCCUCCAGCACCCGCACGUGGUGGCCUUCCGGGGCUUCUUCGAGGACAGCCACUUCGUCUUCGUGGUGCUCGAGCUCUGCCGCCGGCGGUCCCUGUUGGAACUGCACAAGCGUCGGAAAGCCCUGACAGAGCCCGAGGCCCGCUACUACCUGCGGCAGAUUAUCCUGGGCUGCCAAUACCUGCACAGCAACCGCGUCAUCCAUCGCGACCUCAAGCUGGGCAACCUGUUUCUGAACGAUGACAUGGAAGUGAAGAUUGGUGACUUCGGCUUGGCCACCAGGGUGGAGUAUGACGGAGAGCGGAAGAAGACCCUUUGUGGGACGCCAAACUACAUUGCCCCCGAAGUGCUGGGCAAGAAAGGGCACAGCUUUGAAGUGGACAUCUGGUCCAUCGGCUGCAUCAUGUACACCCUUCUGGUUGGGAAGCCCCCCUUUGAAACCUCCUGUUUGAAAGAAACGUAUAUUCGGAUUAAGAACAACGCAUACACGAUUCCUACGCACAUCAACCCCGCGGCUGCCAGUCUCAUCCAGAAGAUGCUGCAACACGACCCGGCUGCCCGCCCCACCAUUGACGAACUGCUGAACGAGGAGUUCUUCACGGUGGGCUACAUCCCUUCGCGGCUGCCCACCACCUGUCUUACGGUUCCUCCCCGCUUCUCUCUGGCGCCCAGCAGCCUCGACCCCAGCAGUAGGAGGCCUCUCGCGGUGGUGAACAAAGGACCGGAGAGCCCCGCCCCGGAGAAGGUGACUGAGAAGGAGGACAAUGCCGGCACCCUACCGGAGUCGGGACAGUCCCUGCCCUGCUACCUGGCCGACCUGCUGCAGCAGCUGAUGCAAGUCAACGCUUGCCGGCCCUCGGAAAAAACUCCCAUCAGGCAAGAGGAGGCUGAGGACCCGGCCUGCAUCCCCCUCUUUUGGGUCAGCAAGUGGGUGGACUACUCUGACAAAUAUGGGCUAGGCUACCAACUGUGUGACAACAGUGUGGGGGUCCUUUUCAACGACUCUACUCGCCUCAUCAUGUACAGUGAUGGGGACAAGCUGCAAUACAUUGACCAGAACGGCUCUGAGUUGUAUUUUGACGUGCACUCUUACCCAGAUACUUUCAGCAAGAAGAUUAAGCUGCUGGAGUAUUUCCAGAACUACAUGAGUGAACACUUGCUGAAAGCUGCUGGUGCAAACGUGACCCCCCGGGAAGGGGACGAGUUGGCCCGGCUGCCCUACCUCUUGAACUGGUUCCGCACCCGCAGUGCCAUCGUCAUGCACCUGAGCAAUGGCACCGUGCAGGUCAACUUCUUCCAGGACCACACCAAGCUCAUCCUCUGCCCCUUGAUGGCCGCCGUCACCUACAUCAACGAACGGCGCGAGUUCCACACCUACAAACUGGCCCUGAUUGAGGAGUUUGGCUGCUGCAAGGAACUGGCCAGCCGCCUCCGUUAUGCCCGCACCAUGGUGGAGAAGCUGCUGUCCUCCAAAUCGGGAGCCCCCUCCACAAAGGCGCCAAGCUAGAGCCGGAGGAGGGUCCGCUUGGCUCAGAACAGUGCAGCCCCCGUGGAGGGCCCUCCCUGGCCAGGCCCCACAAGGCCCCAGGCUGCUUUGGGGGCCCAAGGGGCCCUUGGCAACAAAAGGACUGUAACAUAACAAGAUGCCAUUUCUCCAGAUUCUGAUAGGAAAGUCCCCUCCCCUUUUCUGCCCCCCAUUCAGACUAAACUGUUUUAUACUCACUUUGAAUAAAGAGA